GCUAUGGCGCCCAACGAUGAUGCCAAGCGCGCGACCACUGUCUUGACAAUUGCGCAGCUAAAGUUCAAGCAGGCCAUGAAGAAGACAGACACCGAGGACCGUCUGCCACCUGUCUCCGUAGAAGUCAGCUCGCAACUCUUUAGCGGCAUAGAUGCUGUUCUGCAGCAGAACACGCGCUGGAUCAUGAAGCACAUAGCUCCCUCCAAGGCCCGCAUCGCUCUUCUCGGGGACUAUCUCCUCUCUGUCUCCAAGUCUAUUGUCGUAGACCUGAAUGCUGCAGUGCGCGCAACCAAGCCUGUCCGCAAUCGGAUGGACCUCUUGCUGAUUGUCAACGAUGUUCUGCACACUGACAAGUACCACCGUCGUAGCACCAUGAAACAGGGCCUCUUUUGCGACGAGUGCGGCGGCUUUGUUGCUGAGCUGAUCGCGCAAGCCGCCGCGUGUAUAACUGAGAAGAACUCGCAGGCCGAGAAGAAGCUGAAAGCCAUUGUCAAUUAUUGGACUGUCAACCAGCUUGCCAGCGCAGACUGCCUGAAACUAUGUAGAGAAAGGGCAGAUGAGGCGCUGCUGAUAGCGCAGGGUGGCACUCCGGCUCGAAAGCGCAACUACCUUUUGCCCGAGUACCAUGGCGACAGAACGGCUCCGUGGUACGACCUUCCCGCCUCGUAUAUGCUUGAGCCGAUGAUCAAGCACCCGAAACGCCCGAUCGACCCCUCGCAGAUCAAGAUACAGAAGCUGGAUAAGAAACCGGUUUCCCCACAUGUUCGCAAUCUUCUGGACAAUUUCUUCGAGAAGAUUGAUCUCAAGUACGCUCCGACUGGCGACAACCCGACUGGCGAGACGGCAAAGUACAAGUUGUCUCUGGAUCCGCUGGGCCAGCUGGCCAAGCAGGACAAGGAGACGGGCGACAUAGCAACGGUAGCGAACGGAUAUGGGUGGUCGACGAAGUUCUGUCAAGAUAUGCAGAAGCACGGCGUUCCAGAGAACAUCAAAAUAGCGCGGGAAGACAUUGCACGCAUGGAGGACGACGCAGAUAUUGCGCCAGGCAGGUCGGCGAGUCCCGUAGCCGUAGCUACAGUCGCCGUGGCUCACAAUCGUCCUACGAUAGCCGUCAAUCACCUCAGCGUUCAAGGUCCCGCGAUAUGGCAAAGGAUCAUCGCAAAGGCUCCCCUAGACCAGGGCGAAGAGGGGCCGACGACCGCGACCGACGGUACGAGAGUCAGGGCUCUAAUCAGUCUCGAGAAAGAUCUCAGCGCGAAUCGCAGUGGGGUGGACCAGGCGGCCAUAACAGAAGCGCCCAGGGUAGUCCAAGUAAUCAGCACCACCCUACUCCACCCAUGCCACCUCAAAACUACGGGCAACCAUACUCUCAGCCUUCUCAGCCGCCAUUCAACACACCUCCCAAUCAGUACGGCAACAAGAACAGCGGCGUGUACAACCAAACUCAGGGCGGCUAUCAGGGCGGACGCGGUUACGGAGGUGCUCAACGCGGGGGCUACAAUGGCAACAGGGGCAACUGGAGGGGUGGCGGACAUGGUGGGCGAUACUAAGGCUCGACGCCUGCUCACUCACAAUGGCUGCAGCCCGCCUAAACCCCAACAACAGCGGACGUUGCGCGUAAUGGCGCGGCCCAAAAGAAAACGGAAUCCGACGAGAACAAAGCCAAAUAAACGAUCCAAAUACAACGAGUCCAGCGACAGCGAGGCGAGCGACAGGCCUAAGAUCUGGGAGGCAGAUUGUAUUCUCGAAGAAAAAGUCGUGCGCGGAAUCAAAAAGUACCAUAUUAAAUGGAAAGGCACUGAUCCCGACACUGGAAGAGACUGGCCAAAUACCUGGGAGCCUGAAGAGCACGCCAAGGGCCUACUGGUGGCAGAGUGGGAGGAGGAGAAAGCGCGCAAGUCGGGACACAACAGCAGAAGACGCUCAGAGCAACGGCGAGGGGUGCAAGCUUCGGGGCGCAUUCGCAAUUCGCGGGUAAUUGAAAGCAGUCUAGAGUCGAGCAACCGCUCUUCGUCCACUUCGUCCCCGUCGACGCCUGCACACAACAAAGCUAGUUCAGUAAAUCUGUCCAGCACUACGAAUACCUCUGUCUGCGCGCGUUCCAGACGACCUUCACCUCGCGUACAAAUACGCCGACGUGGCGACAGUCUUGCGCGGGACGAAUUCAAGGAUUUUUCCCAGAUAGUUGAUUCGCAGAACACUUCUACACAGGCGCAUAGCCAGGACUCUAAUCUCGGCAGCUCACAACUCUUUGCUGUACGACCACGACCCUACUCGUCUGGCAUCGUCCCCGACUCACAGAGCUCUACAGGUGAGGCGAGCUUCAUACCCAUUACACAGCGUACAGAAGAUACCAACCAGCAGAGCACCGGGUGUAGUAGACUGACAGAAGAAGAGGAAGAUCUUGUAGACGACUCGGGCUUUCUUAAGAUUGUGCAACAACCAAAGCCGCACGUUGUUUCACCAGCGAGAUCCAUUCCGGAGACGAUACCAGACACAACCGUUGCAGAUUCGCAGAGUCAACAUCACCGAGGUGAAGCCCUGGGUGCGCUUGAACUUGUGCCAAGUUUAUCACAGGCUGAACAAGUGACAACCGGAGAUCACGCCGAAGUAACAACAACUAAGUCUAGGUCUGGUAUAGAGCCCAGUACGCCAGUCGGAAGUUCGCGGGUUGACCAGGAACAAGCUUCUCUGAGCCAGACAAUAGCAGAGACUGUGGAGGCCAACUCGCUGGAAUUUGUGGACAUCGAAGAAAUAUCCAUUUCGCCGAGGAACCUGCCCACAUCUCUCGAUAACAGUCAGAUUCUUGCAGCUGACAUCAGCGACGUGGAUCGUGGUACACAAAUACAAGUUGCUGCUGAUACAUUUGGCGAGGAACAUCAAGCACCCCAAAAGUUCGGCGAUCGCGAUAGCCAGCCAAGUCUAGCCGAACAUUCCAUCUCCGAGGACGGCCAGUUCCCCUUCCACUACCAACGUCCCAUUCGCGAUCUUCAACACCAGACACCACUAAGACCAGCAUCUGCGCAAGAAGAUUGCAUCAACAGUUCACAACAUUCUGCAGAUCAUAGCGCGCCACUAACAACACAGGUUGGGCAAGCGCUUACUGGGCCAGGACAAAUUCAAAGAACAGCCUUGUCAGAUUCACUAUUCGACCCGCCACACCAACCUGUGCAUAGUCAAGCUCAAGACGACAACUUGUCCAUAAGUUUGGUGAGAUCUGCUCGCAGUCCGUCACCUCAGGAUCCACCUUGCGCCCUAGAGAUACGCGAGCAGAACGCGCAGGUCGUACCUCUGGAAGUUGUCCAAAGUACACAGGAGGAGAACACACCUCAUAGUAUACGGACUGCUAUAGAAAAGGAAUACAGUACCAGAGAUAGGGCAAGCUCAGAGUCGCGCCACGACUCUUCGCAAGAAACGCCAGGGCGGCUGUCCAGUUUCCCAGAUCAUAAUCUAUCUCCCGUUCCAUAUCCAUCAAGCUACUCUCUCAGAACACAAGCGUCAAAACUUCCCUCGCGACCUUGUACACCUGUUCCGAGUUCAUCUACCAUGGCGAAUGAAAGCACGGCCGAUGCCAUCAAACGGCAGAUGGAAGAGGCCUUGGCUAAGCAAAAGGCCGAGAAUCCAUACACUCCAAAAAGGCGCAACAACACAUCGUCCGCCACGCCAUCUGCUACGACAUCUGCCACAGCACCAGAAGGCAGCACUGCCUCCCAGACAAGCAAAUUGUUGAGAACGGCUGAGCAAGAAGGCACACGAUCUCCCUCGGCUGUGCCAGACCGCUCGCCAGCUGUACAAUCCUCAGUGCCUGAUGUACCUCCCUCUGCUGGCUCUGAUCAGAUGGAUCUCAGCGAUGCAGACGACGAAGAAAACGACGAUGAUAACGAAAGUCUCCUCAACGACGAUUUACAGCUUUCCUGGGGAGAGUUUGUCGUGCCCUUAUAUAUACAAGGACGGCAGAGUGACAUGUAUUCCCAGUACAUUGCAUCGAAGAAAGAGAUUUUGGAGCAAUUUCUUGAGGAUCCUCGCAGCGUCGAUCCAAUCUCGCAAGUGGAAGAAAUCCUGUCCUAUCUUCGCGCUAUAGAAACCCACAUCGAUUUGGUCUUUGCUGAAGCCGACUCCGGCUCCUCGAGCAAGGAGAUGUCAGCGACGCAACUGGAACACGCAGCGCAAUUUGGUAUGGAAAAUUCCACAAAGUUCAGGUUCUUACACGAGCUAUUCAAUCAGCUACGGGAUACCGACACACACAUCGUGAUAGUCACUGAGGAAGAUGACGAUGCGCUAUAUGCAAUCCUCGAGACGUUCUGUAGGGCCAAUAAAGUCCACUUCGACAUUCCCCGUCGCGGAGAAUUCGGAGAAUCUAAAGGAGGAAUGAACGUUUCCAUUGUUCCGCAAACGGGCUGUCCUAUAAUGCGCUUUUCUGAUAUCAUUAUUUGCCUGGAUGGCAUUCAAGAUGCAACAGAGAUUCGCGAGAGAUUUUGGGCCCAAUCUACUGAACGCGCGUUUGUGCCAAUCAUCCAUCUUGUCAUUCCUAGGACAGUCGGGCACAUUGAGCGCUAUGUCUCUCCGAAUCUGGGCCCAGUCGAACGUAUGCAUACUAUCUUGGCCAGCUUAGCACACAUGCGAGAAGACAUUGGCAAGCCUAUCGUUGAAACAACUCCACGAGACGCUGUCUGUGCAGCUUUGAUCUGCGCGUGGCUCAAGGAUACGUCAGAGGAUUCAGAAUUUGACUGGCCGAUACCAUCUAUUGGUAGUAUCAAGGAUGUUAUCGAGUACCAGACGCAACAAUCACAACCCUUGGUGAACUCUCCGGUGCCUGAGCGCGUCAAGCGCCCUUUGGACCGAGGAGAUCUGGAUCCAGCGAAGCGCAUGCGUUUCACGCCCCAGCCGCAAACACUUCAGAGCUCUACCGCGGAACACGAUCAGGAAGUCACUCGCAUCAUCGAUUCUAUGCCUAGCAACGCAGCACGCCACUCUGACCUGCAAAAAAGGCUCGCUCACAUGGAGGCACUAUAUCGGACUGAGCUCGAGGCGCGCAGAGCAGAAGAAAAACGCUUCCGCGAGCACGAGGAGAUGUGGGACAAGCAACAAACCGUGCAUGAAAACCUCAUGAACGAGUACCGCAUCAUGUCGCAAAAGCAAAAGGCCGCAGAGACAAAACUAGAGAGCCUCACCAAGAGCAACGCCACGCUCACCGAGCGCCUCACAGCCCGCACAUCCGAAGUCCGCGAGCUAGAAAAGCAGCUCAAAGAACAGCGCGCAACACACCUCCUCUCGCCCGACGAGCAAAUCCUCGAAAUCACCAACCUCCGCAAAGCCCUCGCGACCGCGCACCUUGAGAGAGAAAAAGCAAUCAAAAACGCAUCUACCUCGGACGCCCUCCUCGAAUACACACGCACAUCAUACCAAGACGCGCAAUACGCCGCCGCGGCAUCCAACGCGCGCAUCGCCGACCUCGAAGCCCAAGUCACCAAACUCACGCAAGCAGCGUCAGACCAGGCCUCCAGGCUCAAGGGCCUGCAUCUCGGUCGCAGCCAUGAACUCCAGGAAAAACACAUCCGCACGCUCAAGGCUGAACUCAAUAUCGUCAAGAAGGCGCUGCAGAAUAAAGAUGAAGAGGUCACGCGGCUUAAGAGCCUCGGUAGACAGGGCGUGGGGACUAGAGGCACCAGUGUGACUCCCCAGCCGAAAAUCAGGUCCAGAGCUGGUAGUCCCAGUUUGCUGGGAGGCAGGCUGUCGAAUUUACGCAAUGGGUGA